AUGAGCAUUUAAAAGGCUAAAGAAACAAUUCAAAAGUAGAAAGAAUUGCUUUAAGAAGGAAAAAGCUAUGAGUUUUCAUAAAAGAUAAUUAUGUUGGCAAAUAGAAAAGUAACUACAGGUAAUCAACAAGAAUCUAUUAACUUACUUCUGGAAGGUGCUAAAGAGCUUCUUUAAUACAAAGAUGUAAAUGAGGCAACCAACUUAAUUUAUAAGGCUUUUGAGGUUUUAACAUAAAAUAAAUAAUUAUUAAAUGAAGAGCUUAAAAGUGAACUUAUGUCUAUCUUUUCCAUUUUUCCUUAAGGUUUAGACAAGCUAAAAUAUGCUAACAAGAUUUUAAAUGAAUAUUUUAUUGGCGACAAAGAAAUAGGCAGAGUUGUAGCAAUAGAUUUAUUGAAUAAUAAGUAAUAUCAUGUAGCAUAAAAAUAUAUUAUAAAUUUAAAUGACUCAUAGUUUUCUAUAAGUUUCUUGCAAAAAUGGAUAUCUACAGUCAAUUGCGAAGUAGAGUCUGAAUUCUUUGUUAUAAGAUAUAUAUUGUGUAAAAUUAGCUAAUAAAAGUUAGAUGAGGCAUAAGACAUUUUGAAUAGCUUUAAAAAAGAUACUCCUUUCUACAAUUUUACUAGUUUCUUAAUAAGAGCGUGCAAAAUAAAAAGUAGAAAAGCCUACUCUAAGCUCUCUUCCAAAUAUAACAGCAUAUUAAAAUUAGAUCCUUCUAUUUAACUUAUGCUUAAAAGAAUAGCUUGUACCUACUUUGAUUAUGAAAAACAAGAAAGUGGUUUUGAUGGAUUAUUCAAUUCUAUUUUUAGUUGA